CUGUGGGGGAGGGCGGAAGCUGAAACAAAACCAGUUCCCCCACCCCGCUCGGGACUGAGGCUGAUUAUUGUGGUCGGAGGCGCCGCCCGCUCCAGCACAGGUCGGGCAAACAGAGCAAGAUGGCGCAGGCUCUGUCGGAGGAGGAGUUCCAGCGGAUGCAGGCACAGCUGCUGGAGCUGAGGACCCGGAACUACCAACUCUCCGAUGAACUACGCAAGCAGACUGCAGAGAUGAACUCCCUGCGGCUGAAGUCCACCAACGUUGAGAAGGACCUGGCCAAGGCGCAGAAGGCUGUCACUAAAAGCAAGAAGGCACAGGAAGUGGAUGCCCUCCUGAGCGAGAACGAGAUGCUCCAGGGGAAGUUGCACAGUCAGGAGGACGACUUCCGGCUGCAGAACAGCACCCUCAUGCAGGAGCUCUCCAAGCUCUGCGCUCAGAUCGAGGAGCUGGAGGCGGAGAACAAGCAGCUGAAGGAGAAGGCUCCGGGAUCUGACUCUAGCCCGGCGGGUACCCCUGUGGACGGGGAGUUACUCAGGCUCCAAGCAGAGAACACGGCGCUGCAGCGAAACCUGACAGCCCUGCAGCAUCGCUGUGAUCAGGAGGUCCAAGCCACGCGGCACGGCGAGGACCGAGAAGCCAAUGGUAGUGAGGUGGCUGUCUUGGAUGGACAGGGUGUCGAUGGGAGUACGAGGGAGGAUGUGGCUGAUGAGAUGGAAAAGGAGGCCCAGGAGCCAAGCAAAGCUGCACUGGAGAAAAUGGAGCAGCUGGAGUCCAAGUGUGCCAAACUGGAGCAGAAGCUGAAAGAUUUCAAUGAGAUGCAGCUGAAGUGGGAGAUGGAGCGGGAGGAGAAGAGGCUGGUCAAGGAGCAGCUCCAAACUCUAGAGAUGUCAAAGCAGAGCGAGCUGAGCAAACUCCAGGAGGAAGUCAGCAAGCUCUCAGAGAAACUGAAGAAGAAGCAGGAGAGCUUCCUGCGCCUUCAGACAGAAAAGGAGGCUCUCUACAAUGACAGCAGGACAAAGAUCGAUGAGAUCCAGCAGAGGAGGGAUGAGGAGCUGAAGGCCCUGACUGCUCGGAACCAGCGUCUACAGCAGGAAGCCCAGGCAGCCAAUCAGAGUCUGUCAGAUGUGCAGGAGCACCUGCAGAAAGUGCAGAGGGAACACGCCCUCUCCCCCACGCUGCUGCGACCCCAGAUGGAGUGUCAGAGCGCAGAGUGUCAGGAGCAGGUGGAGAGCGUGCUGUCUGAGAACGAUGCUCUCCGCACCGGCCUAGCUGCGCUAGAGCAGAUCCAGACGGCUAAGACACAGGAGGUGAACCAGUUGCGGGAUCAGGUGACAUCGCUGACCCUUGACAUCCAACAGCGACAGGGCGAGGUGGACGGACUUGUGGCCGAGCGCGACGACCUCAACAGCCAGCUGCAGGGUGUGACGCAGGCCAAUGGGCUGCUCCUGGAGCAGGUACAGCAGCUGGAGCAGGAGCUGGAGGAGGCUCGGAAGUCAGCGGACAAGCGUAAGGCCAUGCUGGAUGAGUUGGCCAUCGAGAUCCAGCAGGAGAAGGGCCGACACAAGGAGGCGGUGGGCGACCUGAAACUGCAGCACGAGAAGGAGGUGCUGGCCGUCCGCGCCAAGUACGAGAGGGAGCUACGCGAGCUGUAUGAGAACAAGAACCACAGCGAGGACGAGCUGAAAGCCCAGCUCCGAGAGGAGAAGGCCCGGGGCCGGGAGUUGGAGAGCUUGCAACAGGCCGCCGAAGGGCUGAGGCAGCAGCUGGAGGCUGCGGAGGGAGCCAAGGGCUGGUUCCAGAGGAGACUGAACGAAGCAGAGGAGCUGGUGGAGCAAAAGCAGAGGGAACACGAGGAGAACGUGAAGCAGCUGCAGGAAGCCCAUGCUCUCGAGCUGCAGGCCAAGGAGCAGGAAACGGCAAGUGUGCGGGAGGAGCUAUCCCGGGUCGAGGGAGAACGUGACGGACACGGAGAGACCAUCGCCAAACUCCGGCAGGAAAUCAAGGACACGGUGGAUGGUCAGCGGAUCCUGGAGAAGAAAGGGAGCUCUGCGCUGAAGGACCUGAAGAGGCAGCUACAGCUCGAACGCAAGAGGGCCGACAAGCUUCAGGAGCGGCUGCAGGACAUCCUCACCAACACCAAGUCCAGGACAGGCCUGGAGGAUCUGGUGCUGGCAGAGAUCAGCUCACCCAGUCGAACGCAGACAGGGGACAGUAGCAGUGUCUCCUCCUUCAGUUACCGAGAAGCCAUCAAGGAGGGGGCGUCCGGCAGCAAGUCUAACACGGGCAGUCCACAGUCACAGCGACCGGCGGACCUGUCCGACGAUGAGAUCUCCGACCUCUUCCAAAGGCUGGCUGAAGUGCAGCAGGAGAAAUGGAUGCUGGAGGAGAAGGUGAAGCACCUGGAGGUGAGCUGCUCCUCGAUGGCGGAUGACCUGUGCAGGAAGAGCUCCAUUAUCGAAACCUACGUCAUGGACAGCCGGAUCGAUGUGACGAUGGGCCACGGGCCGGGUGAGCGCAGUGGCCUGGGCAGUGUGCUGCGGGACCUGGUGAAGCCGGGCGACGAGAACGUGCGGGAGAUGAACAAGAAGUUGCAAAACAUGCUGGAAGAACAGCUGACCAAGAACAUGCACCUGCAGAAGGACCUGGAGGUGAUGUCUCAGGAGUUGGUGAGACUCAGCAAAGCUCAGUCGCCACUGGCUGACGAAGUGAGUGAGCCCCCCGCUCACAGCUGAAGGGCCUGCCAACCACUGUGAGAGCCCCAGCCUGUACAUAAUGCGUCUGUAUAUAUAACCAGAUGUCUAUAUAUAUGUAUGUAAUGUAUAGUGUGAAUAUAAAGCAGUCUAUGGUUUUGUUCAAA